GAGUGCGUCGCCCGUCGGAGGGGGAAAAAAUGGCGUAUCUUGCCGUGGGAGUUUGCGCUGCCGAUUUAUUGCCGAGUGCGCGAUAGUAUGACCAUGAAUCCGCCGUAAUGAAGUGUGAAACGCUACACUGGCUCGUUUGGCCCGAUCGGAUGACUGGGAAAUUGUUCCUAAGCCUAACAGACGGUGGGCAAACGGCAACGCACGCACCCGUGCUGUGAACCUUCCAGGCCCUUGAGUUCCUCGUAACAAGAGGAUGACUCUCGGAGCGCACAUUGCACCGUCGGUGGCACUGGCGGCAACCUUGGUGUCGCUGGUGCACUGCCUUCCCGUUAAUGGAGGUGGCGAGGAUGGCGGAACGGGGUCGUGGGGAAACCUGUCCUCGACAUGGGUCAUUGCAGUCUCCGUCUGCUUCGCUCUCACGGCGGCCAUCUUGGCAGCCCUCGGCUGUAUCUGUUGCCGCAACGAAAGUCUCAAGCUGCUUGGGACCCGCAACGGCAUCAGCGUGCCCCACCUUCCGCUGGGCAACCUGGGCCAGCUCGGGGCGGCGGACGAGGUGACCAUCUUUCCCCCUGCGGCUGUCUCCUCCCACCUGGCCUUCGCGUCGCAGCCCUCCCUCGAGGACAAGGUGAGCUUUGAGCCCCUGCCCAAGAUCUUCCCCCGGGCGUCGAGCUCUCCUUCCAAGCGCCCCACGGUCUUUCGGCCCGCCCACUUCUCGGGGGAGCUGGGCAAGGGGCCCGCUUCUGUCCACGACUGGUUCGACGACCCCCAGGCGAACUUCCCCCGCCAGCAGCUGCAGUACCUGCAGGAGCUUGGGGUCGGCUGGUUCGGCCAGGCGGUCAGGGGCGAGGCGCAGAACCUGGGCCACAGGAGACCGGGUGGCGCAGUGGCCAACGGCAGCGGCCCCGUGGCGACCACGACGCGGGUGGUGGUCAAGAUACUCCGGUCGGACACCACGCCCACGGAGCAUCUCUGCUUCCUGCACGAGGUUCAGCCCCUCAGGGUCCUUUACCACCCAAACAUCCUGAGGCUUCUGGGCCGCUGCCUCGAGUCGGACCCUUUCUUGCUGAUCCUGGAGGACUCUUCUAUGGAUCUGAAGGCGUAUUUGCUGCAGAAACGGGAAGAGCCGGAGGCUUUUCUGCAAAGUGGCACGCCUCUGCAGUUUGCGUGUGGCAUUGCGUCGGGCCUCGACCACAUGCACAAGAACAACUUCGUCCACGUUGAUCUCGCCGCCCGGAACUGCGUGCUGUCGAGGGAAGGGACGGUGAAGGUCGGCGACUAUGGCACCGCCAUCCAGGCGUACAAGGACGACUACUACGCGGUGGGCGAUGUGGCAGUGCCGAUCCGGUGGAGCGCCCCAGAGUCGCUCCACUGCACCGACAUUGCCCUGGAGGCGAAGGAGCUCACCAGAGAGGCCAACGUCUGGAGCUACGGCGUGCUCCUCUGGGAGCUGCUGUCCCUGGGGGCCCUGCCCUACGAGACGCUGGGAGACGAGGAGGUCCUCAGGAGGGUGGUGACAAGGAGGGACCUCAUCCUGCAGAGGCCCAAGGCAGGGGGCACGCACGCAGACCGCAUCUAUCGGGUGGCCACCUGGUGCUGGAACGAGGCGGCGUCGGAGCGACCCUCGAUGCACGACCUCCGCGACCUCCUCGCCCACCUCCACGAGCAGAAGGUGGGCGUUGCCGUGUCUCGAGACUUCGAGUCUCGUUGGAACGCGCUCCGGCCGGACUCGGUCCGCGAGCACAACCUGGCGCCGGACCACCCCGCCGCGCUCCAUCUCUCCCACCUCGGCUUCGAGAGCGACUUCGUGGCGUCCGCUCCUUCCGCGAGCCUCCAGAAUCUCCACGGAAGCGCCGAGGACUUGAGACGAAGCUCCGCGGCGACGGAGGAAGAAGAGGACCUCACGUCGUUCCACAUCUCGGAGGCGAUCCGCGACUUAGACGCUAUCCUUGCGGCAGAGUCUUCCGCGGGUUCGUCUGCGGAAAGUGCACGCGGAACGGACUCUGUGCAGCGACACGACAGCUUAGGAAAUGAAUCGUUGGAUUCGUCGCGCGAGCUUGGAUCACUUGGGUUCAAGAAGAGCGCGUCGGUGGAGGAUCUGCUCCGCGAAGGACCCGAGAAGGUGGCAGAGAUGUUCCGCAUCACCGUCAUCGACGAUGUCGACGUGAGCCUCAGUGCGAGCAGCAACGGCGAGCCGCGGAGCCUGGGCGCCUCCGCGGACAUCUGGAACGUGGCGUCGCCCGGGGGAGGGGCGCGCGGCGACGACGCAGCAAGAACGACGGCAAACGACGAGAAGAUUUGGGCAAACGGAAGCGCCACGGACGAAGUGCGGGAGUCUACGGAAGGUGGGAGUGACGCAGCAAUGCAAGGCGGCGGCGACGUAAGUAGCGACGGCGGCGGAUUCGGUGGUGGUUGCACUUCCUCGGCGGGCGGUAGCGGUAGCGCGCCCCUCCCCCCUCCUGCAGCUAACUCCGUUGUCGUCGUCGGCACGCCGCGUGCUACUAACCACGAAGACGCUUCCGGGUUGCCGGUCGAGAGUGCGGUGGUGGCGGCGGCGGCGUCUGACGCGCCUGUCUUGACUUUCAGCGGGAAUGCCGGCAGUGAGGUGGCGCGGACGGCGGCGGCCAUCUUUCUCUCCCCAGAGCUGCCGGGCGCGGGUGGCAGCGGAGGCAGCGGCGACAGCAGCGCGUCGUUCGUGACGGCGAACGACGCGACGAUCGUGUCGGAGGACUCGAGCUGCGGAGUGAUCCACGGGCUGCUGUCGGACCGCUCGGAGUCGGACACAUUCUUCUUGACGGCCCACCUCGACGGAGACGACACGUCCGAGUGCUCGGAGGCGACGCUUGCGGACGACAAUGAUCCGGCGAGUCCGGCGCGGCACGUGGGGCGGACUUCGACGCCGACGGACUCAUGUCCGAGCCCGCCGGGGCUGUCGCCGAUCCGGUGUGCCGGCGGAACUUCGGAGUGGGCGGCGGAGGAGACUGCGGCAGACUCGUCUGCGCUCUCUGACCUCACGGCGGAAGAGGAGCACCUCGGGGCGGGGUCCGCGGAAGACUCGCUGGCAUUGAGCGAGGACUCGUUUGUAGGCGAGAUGCGGAGGAUUGCGGAGCGUGCGGUGGAACGGCACAACGCGAGGCAGGGCGGCUCGGAAGAGGGCGGCAGGCAGAACGGCACAGUCGCAGACGAGGAGGACAGCCUCUCCGGGGAAUACGAGCUGGACGACAUCUCGGCCGUGCUGGACCGAGAGGGCAGCCCGCCGAAGCGGUGGCUGCUGGGGCGCCAGCUGUCCUCCUCCCCCAUCUGCGGCGAGGAGGAGGAGAUCAUGACGGUCAACACCCUCACCCACGAGAUCACAGUGCGACCGGCCUCGCAAGCAGGGCAUGGGGUCAUCUUCGACGGACACGAGGUGCUGGCCGGCUCCGCCGUCGACGAAGAGACUACCUACGAAAUGAGGGGCGACGAAGACGUAGCCUACGAUACAGGUACCAGCGAAGGGCCAACCCGCAAAACCGGUCACGGCAAAAGGUCGGCGUACGAAACGGGAGCAUGCGAAGACGUUGCCUACCGAACGAACGUUGACGAAAGGGUGGCCUACGAAACGGGGAGUGACGGACACGUAGCCUACGAAGGGGGCACCGACGAAACGGGUGUUGGCGAGCGCGGCUCCGACGAAGACUUGGCCUAUGAGACGGCCCAAGACGAACUCUCCGACAACUUUGGUGGGCUGGACCGCCGGCGGAAGCUGGACGAUGAGGAAGACGAAGACACGGACGACACGAGCAGCACGGGAACGUCGUGCACGACGACGUCUGGAUCGUUCGAGUGCCUGGCGGAAGAGCGGGGCUCGGAAGCGCAGGAGGCAUCGGCGCUGCCGCAGCCGGCGGAGAAGAGGGUCCAUCGGAGCCUGGAGUCGAGUCCGACCAGGGCCAACACCUGGGACCGAAGUGCCACUCCCACCAAGAGUGCCCUCCGAUCUGCCAGGAGGCUCAAGGCAUCGUCUCUGCGCAAGACGGUGUCCUUCAACGACGUCAUCUCGUCGGUGUACCAUUACACGGCCGAGGAGGAGCCGCCGCCGACGCCACCGGCGGCGCCAGUCCCGUCUGCCCUGGCCAUCGACUACAACGGCCUCAGAGACUGGGACUUCCAGUUUUUUCUGGAGGAGGAGUUCCCGGAGGAGGCGGCCUACUCGAGCGACGAGGAGGCGGCGCCGGCGGCGUCCCUCCGGCGCCAGCUGCCCGUGCGCCCCGGCCUGGGCCGGAUGCGCACCUUUGCACCCCUCUACUGCAUCUCGGGCCUCUCCCAGGAGGACCUGAGGGAGUCCCUCUCGGAGGACGCACCCCCCGCAGCUCACGCAGGUCCCCCGUCGGAGGCGCCCACGGACACCCCGCAGAGCGAGGACUUCCUGGUCAACCAGAAGCCUCCCUGGGACUCGUCGAUGAGCGACCUCUCCUGCCUCAACGGCUCGGGCGACGAGACCGACGUGGACGAAGAGUCCCUCCGCUCCGACAGCCCGGCGUCGCCCAAAAUGGUGCCCCCCGGCGACCCCGUCGUCUGCAACGGAGUCCUCGAGAACGGCGCGGGGGACACCGCGGAGGAGACGGCGCAGAGGGAAGGCGACGUCAACGCCAACGACUUCUUCCGCGAGGCGAUCAAGGUGGCGCAGUUUGACGAGGCAAACGCCAACGCCCGCAAGUCUGUGCCGGUAAUGCAUGAGGCGUGAGCCAGUGCACCGCCGCCAUCUCUGAAUGUGUCUGCCAGCCGUUCCCAGUGCGCGGUCACCAGCGUACUGCUGUGCCCAGUGCGCUGGGACUGAAUUCUCUGAACAUUUCUGCCGGCAUACCGUCGCCUCCGGUGCGUGGGUCCGACUGCGUGUGAUUUUAGUGUCGACAGUGGACGUAGAAACAAACUGUUCCUCUUACCUGUUUUAGUUGUUUAGAUGUUUAGUGUGCGUGGUUUAUGACUUCAGUACCGUCGCGAUACCACAGUUCCAUGUCGCGUGAGUUAAAACGCUUGCGCAACGAAAACACCCUCUGAAGCAUGUGCAUCAACCCGCGCGUCUUCUCAGGUACCACGCACUACUCGCAGUGUCCGGUAUUUGCGGUAUUUUAUUUGGAACAGAAUUGUGUAUGGUACUCUGGCAGCAUUCGAUGACCGGUACUGUUUCGAAUCCAUGCUGCGUGCACCGUCAAUUAAGUAUACAGUGAAAAAUGUUUUAUAGCGCAGUUCUAUUCUUUUGCUUAAUAUUUCCACGUGGAGGAAUUGCGGCGAGUUUAUUGGACGGCUCCUUCCUUCGUAUAGCUACCUUGAACGGUUCUCGAAUGUAGUCGUAAAUGAUGCCUCGACGUCUCUCCAGGUAACACUCGUGAAGCAGCCUUACUUAAGGUUAAAGCGCUUGCAAGGGUAGCCAUGAUUCGGUAUCCUUGCACUUGCGCUUUGCGCUAUUCAAAGAUAACUCUCCGAUUUUCCGGCGUGAGAAAGUCAAAUUGGCGCUGCCACUGCCUUUCGCAAACGCACCGGCGUCGUUCCAUCGACACCAACCGUGGAACUUCAAAAAGACUGAACGAACAAACGAUCCAGAACCUCGGUUCCUUGCCAAUCGACUUCCGAUAGUUGAACACGCGUACAAUUAGGUUCCCGUCCCGGAACGCGAGCCGGAGUUUUGUGUUUGGACAUUGGCAGAGUAGUUUAGACUUCGUCGUCGUUGGAACGUAUUUUGUCGCCGAGCGUGCGUUCUCUUUCGCAUGCUUUCUGCGGGAUUUCCGCCGGACGUUGUCGUUGCUACGAGUCGUUGCCCCGCCUGCACCGGACUGUACAGGUGCGUCGACCUUCGGACCGUGUACAUAACGGAGCUGCCCGUAUUCGUUCAGAGUUUUAUUGUUCGCUUUUCAUUUCAUUGUGCCAUUUGUUGCAAUGUCGGCGUGUGUGCGUCUACUUCAAUGUUUUUGAGGAAGCUUUUUUAUGUAUUACUUUUCGCCCGAAGCGCGGACAUAUUUGUAUAUUUUUCGGCGGAUGGCCCGUGAAAAACUGUGAUUGAUUUUCGCACCGAUGAACUUCAAGCCCUACUCUUUUGUCUUUGCAAGUUCCUUGUCGUAUUUGUUUGGACGACUUCUGACGUCCGGAAAGUGUGGAGUUCCCUCUUUUUUUUUCUUUUAAUGUGAACCAUUGAGGCAGUAUUAGAAGUCGGCUUUGUACAGUCUUUUUAACAAUCUUUUUAUGCCUUGAUGUGUGAAAAAAAAUUGUCUUUCAUUUUUUUCUUUUCCGUGUGGCUUGACUAUGGCUUGUCACUGUCAAUACCUUUCGUUGCUUUUUUUUUUUGUUCUAAGUUGAUUUGUUAUUUACGCUUUUUGUUUAUGUUUGUCAACAUUAAGAGCUGUGAAGUGACUGUAGCCGAGAUUGAUUUCUCUGGUUUCUGCAGCUUGUAGCGUUUUCACGGGUACCGACGCAUCUGGAGUCCCGGCACCACACAGUCAAACCCAGGGGCAUUUUCAGGGCGCAGCCUUUGGAGCUGUAUAGUUGUAGAGUUAUUAGUAUUAGAUGUGCAUAGUUGUACAUAAGAGCCGCUCAUUGGCAGUUCGGACAAGGUUGUGCAUAAAACGCUUAUUUAUUUUCUCUUCUGCACAUCCGCGGAGUCUCGGUAGCGCGCGAGGCAAAAAGCCGCCGAACGUCUCGCGUGCGAACGUCGGCGUGCCGAAACUGUGAAAAUGUACAAAAACGUUGCGCCCAAAACGUAAUGCGUAUGUUGCACUGGCUUCGCUUUCAUUGAUUGCAAUAUUUUGGAUGUUAAAACAUUCUUUUUUUUUUUUGUGCAUGUUCUUUCUUGUCGGAAGUGGAAACGUAGCACUGGCGUCAUUUGCUCUAGGUUUCUUGGACCGUAUUUCUGAGCAGCUUCCAAGAAAUACAAAUCAAACAAGAUGUGCAAUGGCAUUAUUGCUCCAUUUUUUGGAACAAAAGUUUUAGAUAUGUUACAGACAUUUUUCCCCAAUUUUUUUUACUGUAGUGGAUGAUAGCUUAAAGGGCAACUCCAGUUCAUUUUACGUGCGAAGAAAACAAUGCAGUUUUCUUUAGUAUUGCCUAAAAAGACCACUCGCCUAAUAUUUCUAUCUAAUUUUGCCUAAAAGUGGAUGAAACUGGCAAACAAACGAAUAUUAUACGAGAAUCUGCUAAUCGUGGCGGGCGAGGCGCAGCAAACCCAACAGCGCACUCAAUACCACCGUGUCGGCCCAGCCCACCCUGCGCCACCUACGUCGUGUUCGGGGCUCUGGAGGAGAUUUAUUUGCUUGCUUCGUUAUUUUCUAAGCAAAGCCUACAGGCGAUGCUAGCAUCACGCUCAUCAUUAAUCACAUGAUUCGCAGAACGCGCACGCGCCUCUGUGCACGUGCGCAAGCGUGCGUCGUAGCCGGCAUCGUCCGUCGCGUGCGAGAGAGCCAGUCUGCAACUUCGAGCGCAACAAACUUCUACAAACUCGUCGCAACAUAGUUACAUGUGGUUUAUUGAACAUCACUUUCUACUUAUGUUUUCAAAAGAAGCCCUUGGGACAACUUGCCUUUUUCUGCGCUAAAACACAACCAGCGGCUCAGUAGUACAGGUGUCGUCGGGUGUAGCGGACGACACUUUCACCCUGGCGCCGAGCUGCGCCCGCCCGCCGUAGUACCUGACGUUAUGAUUUGUACCACCCGGUUAGAGUAUAUCGGUAACGGCCACUGAUCUCUAUGACAAUUGCUGGACCGCGUUUGCCCGCUCCGCGAAUGCGGCCACUGGCGGCCAUCUUUUUGGUGGAGUUAUAUUAGCUCUAGCCAAGGUACAGCUGCUGCAGCCACUAUCAUCCAUCCUUGGCAGACAGCGUUGUGGCAGUUGUGGUGGCAGGCUGCCAUCAAAUUAGUGUGGGUGAUAUUUCGUGCUUGAUUGAAAUUGUUUGAUAAAACAUAUUUUUGAAACCCCUCGUGAACGGUAGCCCGAUCUUUGAGGACCCGGUGAAAGUUUCACGAAAUCGCAGCACCGGGGAAUAGCAGCACAGCACGCAUUGAAAGUCGCAUCAAAAGAAGCAUCGAAAGCAGACGCCAGUAUGGCGUCUGCUUUCGAUGCAAGCUGCACUGCUUUCCCCCGGUGUUGCGCCUUCGCAGAGCUUUCGCCGGGUCCUGAAAGAUGAGGCUACCGUUCACGCCGGGUUUCAAGAAUCUGCUUCGUCGAACAACUUCAAUCAAGCACGAAAUAUCACCCACGGUACAGUGGACUAGAUCCACGGCUAUUUUAUGGCAGCCUGCCGCCAUUGCGCUGUCCGCCAUAUUAGUAUGAUGGCUAGAGAUAAUAUAACUCUAGCAAAACGAUUGCCGACCGUGGCCGCAUUUCCGUCCAUAGGCAGAGCUGGUCAAACGCGAUCCAGGAAAUAGACGUAGAGAUCAGUGGUGACGACGCAGGAGCAAUCCUACCCGCCGCAAGCAAGGUUUCGGUUUAUGGUAAACUUUAAAUGAAGAUUGCGCGAAAAAUAUUAACAUUUUUUAAAAGAAAUGACGUUAUCGCCUAAUAUCUUAGUGGUUUCCGAAAAAGAUUCUCGAACCUUGCCCUGCAAUUCUUAAGCUGGCACUGAUUAAGUUAGCUCUUUCAUUUUUUUUUAAUUGGUAGAAAAUUGAACUUAGUAUAAACGGAAAAUAUAUUUUUUUUUUUACAUUUAUAUUUUAUGAAUAUAUGGGAAUGCUUGACAAAAUGCAACAGACACUUGAGUAUACUUGUCUACGUGGGUUUUAUUGUUUUUUUUUUAUUUGGGGGGGGGGGGGGGUAAGGAAACAUUUUUUGAAAGUUGUUUUUUGGUUGUUUUUUUUCUUUAUUUCUCUGGCGCAUCGUUUUCGAGUGCAUUCGUGAUAUGUGAACACGACGUACAGCAGUCUGACGCACCGUCGCGACUGCUAUCCCGUAUUCUGUCCAGUCUUAAGAGUUUCCGAGUUAGCUUUACGGAGUUUGUACUUCUGUAGAUCUUCGGACAUCAGAAACUGCAGUUGUGAUCACUCGUAGGAGUGGAGGUGUCGCCCGGAGAGGGCGGCGCGCCUCUUUUCAGACGCAGAUUAUUCCGGGAGUUUUAACUUCGAGAGCAGAGAAGCUGUAGCAGUGUCUCUCGUAGAAGAGUGUACAUAAAUAAAUAUUUACUCCGCAUG